GGUGAUUGUGCAGAAUUUCACGAUGUCACUUUGUUGCUUUUAAUAGAAACAUUUAUUGUCAUCCCAAUUCAAAAAGUACCUAAAUUAAUUAGUAUUAAUUAUAUUUUAUUCGUACAUCAGCUACUAGACUAAAAUUAAAAAUGGAUAGAUUACUGAGACUAGGAGGUGGUAUGACUGGACUAAAUCAAGGACCACCGCCUUCUGAUGCUCCUGUUGUUGAUACUGCUGAGCAGGUUUAUAUUUCUUCAUUGGCGUUAUUAAAAAUGUUGAAACAUGGACGUGCUGGAGUACCGAUGGAAGUUAUGGGUCUUAUGUUGGGUGAAUUUGUUGAUGAUUACACCGUACGAGUCAUUGAUGUCUUUGCUAUGCCUCAGACUGGAACGGGUGUAAGUGUUGAAGCAGUAGAUCCAGUAUUCCAAGCUAAAAUGUUGGACAUGUUGAAACAAACAGGCAGACCGGAAAUGGUUGUUGGAUGGUACCACUCGCAUCCAGGUUUCAGUUGUUGGUUGUCGGGUGUUGACAUCAACACACAGCAGUCAUUUGAAGCCCUCAGUGAAAGAGCUGUCGCUGUUGUAAUUGAUCCUAUUCAAUCUGUUAAAGGAAAAGUCGUCAUUGAUGCAUUUAGAUUAAUAAAUCCUAACAUGAUGGUACUGGGACAAGAGCCACGUCAAACUACCUCGAACUUAGGGCAUUUACAAAAACCAUCAGUACAAGCUCUCAUUCAUGGUCUGAAUCGUCAUUAUUACAGUAUAAGUAUUAAUUAUCGUAAGAAUGAGCUAGAGCAAAAAAUGUUAUUGAAUUUACACAAAAAAACUUGGAUGGACGGUCUUACUUUGGCUGAAUAUUCCGAGCACAGUAAACUCAAUGAAAAUACUGUUGCUGAAAUGCUUGAGCUCGCGAAAAAUUACAACAAGUCAUUGGAAGACGAAGAGAAAAUGACUGCAGAGCAAUUGGCAAUUAAGAAUGUCGGCAAGCAAGACCCGAAACGUCACUUAGAAGAAAAAGUAGACAUGCUGAUGUCAACAAAUAUCGUCCAGUGUCUUGGAGCCAUGCUAGACACCGUUGUCUUCAAAUAAUUAUUAUAAUUUAUAAAUUACUUAAUUAAUAAUAAUUAUAAUUAUACGUCUAAUUCAUCAACUAACACAUUGAAGCCCACAAAAAAAAUCUAUGAC